AUGAACUCCAAGCAUGAAAGUGCCUGGCCGGGAGGAUUUUGUCAACGAGGAGGUAAACGCCAAUCGCCCAUAGACAUACGCACAAGUGACGUAAUCAAAGACUUUGAGAGGCAUUUCAUUAAGUACGGAGUUCUCAAAUUUAUUGGCUACAACGGUGCUCUACUAUCCGGCAUCAAUAAUGGACAUACUAUUCAAUUCAGCACCGAGGGUCAAAAGAGCAUGCACCCCACCAUCACUGGAGGCCCAUUGAAGUAUCUGUACCGUCUGGAACAACUUCACUUCCACUGGCUAUCAGAACACUCUAUUGACGGCGUCAAGUUCCCCAUGGAGAUACAUUUCGUACACGUUCGAGCUGAUCUCAAAGUGUCAGAAGCUCUCAGCAAACGGGACGGUCUGGCAAUCGUAUCUGUCUUUUGCAAUGUUCAACCUGAUGUGCCUGACAAGCAAUUAGAGCUCACAGAAGACCUGAUGGAGCACAUUCCUCAAUUACUAAGGAUUGGCGACAGGGUUAGUGGAGUGUUACUGGACUUGAGGAAGCUGCUGAGUCCGAACACUGACUCCUACUUCACGUAUCUCGGCUCUCUCACGUCACCCGAGUGUAACGAAGUCGUGGUGUGGAUUAUAUUUGACAAACCCAUCAUCAUAUCAGAUGCACAGUACCGUCUAUUCGGUAAGGUGGGUGUGGGUAGACACAACUUUCGCAGCCAGCAGCGUAUAAGUCACCACCUCAUCUUCACUCCACCAGACUCCUUCAUCAGUACUCCCAAAGCAAUCAUAGUAGUGACUGACGUCAUGAAAUAUUUGGCCGCCUUUUUGAGGAACAUCACUAGAUUCGUGACCAAGGGUUUCAGAUCAUGA